UGUGGUGUUGAGUCAGUGUGAACACAUCAAAAGACAGAAAUCACUACAGUCGCGCUCAAGUGAAUUUGUGCCAAUUUUACAAUUCGAUCGAAAAGACGGAAACUUUUCGAUACAUUUCUGUUUGCGUCUUUUGCAAUAAUUGCACUUUGUGUUUUUAAUAGAAAAAAAGAACCUAAAAUUUCGCGAAAAGUUUGCAAAAUAAGUUAAUUAAUAAAAAAAGCGGUGUAUUUCGCAACGAAGAAAAUUGUUAAAAAGAAGGAAAAAUUCAAUUUUCGAAAAGAAAGUGAACGGAGUAGAUAUUUGCACGAAGUGGAUUUUUUUAUUUGGAUUUUAAAAAGUAUUUAAAAAAAAUGUGUAAACCAUAUCAGUUAUUUGCGACGACGCUAUUUUGCACCGUAGCAUUCACUAGCAAUUUAGUUUAUGGUCAAAAAGUAUCGGCGACGACGGAAAGAGUAGAAUUCAAGUGUCCGUCUGGUUAUGGCAAUGGAAAUUAUGCAGAUCCCGCUACGUGUCGUCGAUUUUAUCAGUGUGUUGACGGAUAUCCCUAUCUGAAUAAUUGUCCAUCUGGAUUGCAUUUUGAUGACGCUGCCAAGUAUUGUACAUUCAAAAAUGAAGCCCGAUGCGGACCAUUAGCCACAACUCCAGCACCAGUCACCGAAGCACCAAUCGAUUUGGCGAAAAAAUGCGACCCAUCUGACUGCGCAUUACCAUAUUGUUUUUGCUCAAAGGAUGGCACAAUCAUACCGGGUGGCUUAGAAGCUGAAGACAUUCCACAAAUCAUCCUAUUGACCUUUGACGGUGCCGUCAAUUUGAACAAUUACGAACAUUACAGGAAGGUAUUUAAUGGCAAGCGAAAGAAUCCAAACGGUUGUGACAUCAAAGGAACGUUCUUCAUCGCUCAUGAAUACAGCAACUACCAACAAAUUCAAUCGUUAGCAUUUGACCAGCAUGAAAUCGCAACCGAAACAAUUUCAUUGCAACAAGGUCUACAGGAUAAAGGCUAUGAAGAAUGGGUCGGCGAAAUGAUUGGUAUGCGAGAGAUAUUGAGACAUUUUGCAAAUGUUUCGGGAAAUGAUGUUGUUGGUAUGCGAGCACCAUACUUGAAACCAGGUCGAAAUACACAAUACAAGGUCAUCGAGGAUUUCGGUUACAUCUAUGAUAGUUCAGUUUCGGUUGAACCACAAAACCUACCGGUUUGGCCUUACACAUUAGAUUAUAAAAUCCCACAUGAAUGCAAGAGCGGAACAUGUCCAACAAAAACGUUUCCAGGUAUAUGGGAGGUCCCAAUGAAUGCUCACUACAUUGAAAGCUAUGAAGGUGGACAUUGCCCGUAUUUGGAUCAAUGCGUAUUGCACAAUCACAACGCCGAAGAAGUAUCAGAAUGGUUACAAGAAGAUUUUGCACGACACUAUGAACAAAAUAAAGCACCGUACAUGAUGGCAUUCAAAUCAAACUGGUUCCAAAUCAAAGAGCUCGAACAAGGUCUACAUAAAUUCUUGGACUGGGCACUAAAUCUGCCAGAUGUUUGGGUUGUAACCACAACACAAGCAUUGCAAUGGAUCACCGAUCCAAAACCAUUGAAAUCGCUCACCAACUAUGAACCGUGGGCAUGCCAAAAGAAACAAUCAAAUGUACAAGCACCGUGCAAUCUAUCGAAUAAAUGUGCACUACCAUUCAAAACUCAAACGAGCAACAUCACCGACACCCGCUACAUGGAAACGUGCCGUGACUGUCCGCAACAGUAUCCUUGGCUAGGCGAUUCAGAGGGAACUGGCAUUGCAAACAAAGACAACUACAUUUUUAAUGGCAACGAUCCGGACGGUGGCGAACAAAGCGAAAGUGCUGAAGAGAGCCGAAAGAAGUAAAUAAAACAAACGACGACAACAAUUGAAAAUGACAGUACGGCGAGAGAGGGAGAGGGACGAUGAAGAUGGAGAUGGAGAGAAAAUAAAUAACAGCAUGCGCUUGACACGUAAACAUAUUUUGCCGGUUAGAUAGUAUAGAAAUUAGAACGACAAAAAAAACACACAAACACACCGAUUCAAGAGAAAGCAGGA